AUAAAACUCCUAGUAUUGUGUAAACGAAAGUAAAAAUGCUACCGUUUAAAAAGUUAGUCUCGUGUAACUAAUGCAAUAGUGUUGAUACGGAUGUCCAUGCAUCUUUAACAUUAAAUACAUACACGUUAAAUGUUGUCUGAAUUCGGUGCUUGAGCGCAUUUCAAUUCAAUUAUCGUUCUUAGUGUGUAAGUGAGUCUAUUAGAUUUUCACGACGAUCUCAAGAACAAACGGAUCGAACUCAGUUAGAAGCCACAUCAAAACUACCAACUGUGCCUUUUAUCAGACAUAAUAAUCUUACUCAAAAAUGUCAAACACAACGCCAAAACAUCAAGAAUCGAGAAGGACGUCUACGCGAGGAGUUUCUAACGACAUUUACCUUUUGUAUGAUGAGUUGGACACUAACCUUGUUAUGCCCUUCGCAGAGCACUUCAGGCCCUUUUACACAGUGUUUGAUCCACAUACAGACGGUGCUCAAAAUGAACCUGAACACCGCUCAUGGUUGGAUAGAGGAAUCUACAGAUCCAAGAUGACGGUCGUUUUCUUAUCGAAACAGUCUCAAAAGAAUUCUGAAUGCGAGUUUCAGCUUGCUCAUGCGAUUAAAAGUCUCACAAAAACAAAGUACAUGCAUAGAAUCGUUGUUGUCAUGGUUGAAUUCUGUAAAAUUCCAAAGAACUUGGGUCAUUUCAAAAUCGUGUAUGCUUUUCAAAAUGAUGUAUUCGAACGCAACGUUCACCAAUUAAGGGAAGCUAUCAAAAUAGCACCUCGUGAGACGUUUACGCGACUCGAUGUUUCCUGGAAAAAUCAUCCCAACGUCCUACAAACGGUGGUUGGUACACCGAAGCUGCAGCCCCUGACGCAGGAAAUACCAAUCAAGAUUUCCCUGUUGGAUAUUAUCAGGAAUCCUCGGAAAGUAAUUGAUGUUCUUAAUAACUUUUAUGUUCGGUGUAAUAAACAAGGAUGUUCAUUCAGAUGUCGCGGGGAAAAUCUCAAAGAGGCACAUGAACACAUCAGAUCAUGUAAAUACGAAUUGGUGCAAUGUAGAUACUGUAAGCAAAGUGUGUCUCGUAAGAACAUUAUGAAACACGAACUGAGAAAAUGCCGACGUCGCAGCGUGACAUGUCCAAACAAAGGAUGUGCCUUUUUGGGGUGUUACGCUGACCAUGAGUCUCAUAAUACGUCUUGCGAGUAUCGGAUGCAAAAAUGUCUUAACAAUUGCUACGGAUGCAAAUCCGUUUACCCAUUGAAAGAUAUUAUAAAACACACACAAGUUUGUGAUUAUGAGAAGUGCAUCUGUACUGUUUGCAGCAAAGAGCUGUUUAAAAUUGAUUUAGAAAGACACAACUGCACAAACACUUGUGAACAUGAAGCCGAAUCAAAAUCAUUGAAUACUGUGCUUAUGCUAAAAAGUUAUAAUUUUGAACCCACACGUUUAUGUGAGGUCCACGACAAAGCAAGCCCUUGCAGCUCGGAUCUGCUGGAACAAACUAUGGCAAAACCUGAAAAAGAAAGUUCAAAAGUCGCAUCCACAUCCAGGCAUUUGUUGCGGUUUUGUCACAAUGCUGCGUGUGAUGCAAACAAAACGGUGAAAACAUGUGUACCCCAAAUUCCCAUCAUGAACUCUGUUCCCGAUGCCACUUGUUCUGUCAAGAGCAUUGGAGACGAUGACAAUUGCCGAAUGAUCUCGUCCGAUACGACUGAUCAAACAACAAAGAUAGACGGUGAGAAAUAGCAUUCGCUUAAAUCACUCAGACAAAAUACCAAUUUAGCACUUUUGUCAGUCAAUUAACGACAGUUCCGACCCGUUGCAACGAUUGCGUUCACAAAAUAACCGGGAUAUCCAACAGCUUUAUGAAUUGUAGAAGGCAAACUAACAGCAACGGAACAUACGACAGCACACGAUACUUAUUGAAGACAAAUAGUGGAAUAAUGACAAGCGAACGACGCCGGAUAUUUAACGCAUUAGGCGAAGAUUCUUUUGAACCUCCCAAGUCGUUCUGUAGCUUUUCAGAACAUUAUUGGUUAAACAAUUAAAUAUUUGUUAACGGCCUAAAUAAAACGAAAUUAUACUAAUUUUUGCAUUAAAAAACAAUCGAUCUCCAGAAGUGCCAUUAAUUGUCAACGAAUGUGUAACUCUUGAUUGAUCAUACUAGAGUCAUAAGUAUUUUUUUUUUCAAAAUUUUGUUUUUGUACUAAGCAUGUUAUUUUGAACGGGAUCAUAAAGCUAAUAUUGAAGAGAAACGUAGAAUAAUAUUUGUUUUAUAUCAAACUGCUGCAAACUUUAAUGUUGAUUCGGUGAUAAUCGUUUCCCACAAAAACUUUGUAUUGAUUUCGUUAUUGUCAUUUGCUCGUAUAGUGUCUGUAAAAUAUUUGAAUUAUUACCAGCAGUUGCAGUAGAGGUAGUAGUACUGUUGGUUGUGGUGGUGAAGGUGUUCAUGUUGUUUUGUUGUUGCUGCUUUUGGUUUUUCAAUGUUGAUGUUUAUAGUGAAUAUUUGACAUUACGAAACCAAGUUAUUUUGAAACAUACAUGAACAUCGCAGUUGAAUACGUCGUUUAUUUUGUAUUAAAACUUAAAAAGGGAAUAUAUAGCGAUACCAAGAACAUGGAAGUUUUCUCAAUUAUUUCAAUUUUUAACAGAGAGUAUUGGAGUCUGUCAUAAUUUUAGCAAUUAAGAUAGUGGUUUCUAUUCUUUUAAUAUUCAGUGCAAUAAAUCAUCUGUUUUAAUAAUUAUUACCGGGUACUGCAUCGUUUAAGUCUAAAUCAAAUAGACUUAUGCAAUGAUGCAUCUUCAGUGGUGUAAACUUGUAGUGUAUGUGUGUGUGCAUAUAAGUGUGAUAUAGUAUUCCUGAUUGCGUGAUGCCUGCGCUUGUUCAUAAAAGUUAUUGUAAAAUUACAUGUUAACAAAACGGCGUUUAAAUUUUCUUUGGCCUGCCUCUAUAUAUAGAACAAUCAAAUGUUAUCUGAUGGUAUUUUUUUGCUCUUAACACAAUGCGUUUUAAGCUGCCCGAGUUUAUUAAAACAAAAUUCGUUAAAAGGAUAAUAAUUCACCAGUAUUAAAUUAUAGAAUUCAAUGCUAAAUAUUUAUUAAUUUCAAACUUGUAUUUGCGUUGUGUUUUAAUUUAGCUGAUGUCAUUAUAAUUACUUUAACACUGUAUGCAAUCUUAUAGUGCAUUAUUUUAUUGUAUCACUAUAUUGUUGCAUUCUGCGUAAUGCCUUUACAUUAUUAUAUUUGUAAGUGUAUCUUUUCGUAAGUUAUCAUCGUCAUGUUGACGCUUACUUUAGUCAUUUGCAAACACUUACUGUAACCCAGUAUACAAUUGUAUAUUGCAUUUUUUGUAGCAUUAUAUUGCUGCAUUCUGCGAAAUGCUUUCACAUUAUUAUAUUUGCAUGUGUAUCUUUUCGUAAUAUAUCAUCUUAUGUUGACCUUACUAUAGUCAUUUGCAGGCACUUUGUAUUGCUAUGUUCACGUGUAUUAUCUAUAAUUGUAAUGGUUCCCAUUUUUAUUGUCAAUCCUUGGUGACUAUUCAUGUGCUUAUUUAUACACCAAACACAGCUUCAAAUAUCAUGAAAAUGAUACCAAACUUAUCACCAUCCUCUAUCGUUUUCUUCUUUCCUUUUCUAUCUUCUUAUCUCUCUCAUACCUCAAGCUCCUUUUCGAAGCAGUUCUGUAGCAAAAGGCGUUUUCAAAUCUUUUCGUCAUCCCUGUCGCAUUAUUGCACUAUUGUCAAAUGCAACCAACGUAUUAUGUCAGCGUUUCUGGCUUAUCUUGUAUUUCUUGGAGCAUGAUUUCUCUCUGAUAAAUUUCGACCAGGAACCCUCAAGUUCGAAUCUUUUACCAUGAAACUGUUAGUAUGAACUCACAUUAUACACAAAAAUGAUGAGCAUUUAAACCUUUAUCUCAAACAUCAUACACAAAACCACACACACUAAACCCUAUGUACUAAACGCCAUGCAUGAAACCCUAUGCAUGAAACCCUAUGCAUGAAACACCAUGCAUGAAACCAUAGGUAUCAAACCCUAUGCACGAAACACCAUGCAUGAAACCAUAGGUAUCAAACCCUAUGCACGAAACGCCAUGCAUGAAACCCUAUGCAAGAAACCAUAUGCAUGAAACACCAUGCAUGAAACCAUAGGUAUCAAACCCUAUGCACGAAACACCAUGCAUGAAACCAUAGGUAUCAAACCCUAUGCACGAAACACCAUGCAUGAAACCGUAUGCAUGAAACCCUAUGCAUGAAACCAUAUGCAUUAAACUCUAUGCAUGAAACAAGGGCAAAAGACAGGUUCCUUAAUUUCACACACUGACUGAAAAGACUUCUAAUAAUGAAGUUCUUGUUAAGACGGUGUCUCAAUGACCCAAGUCUUACUACCGAACCACGGGUUUGAAGCCCAGGCUCUCCUAAAUGCUGCACGUAUCGCAAUGAUCCGUACAGACACUAUAACCAGGAUUCCCUUUGUAUCAGCCAAUAAUGUUAAAAUAAUUCCCCUUCUUUCCGUAAUGUGUGUUUUAGUGUAUAUGUAGUCUUCAUGAUGUUAACCAGGCGUCAGCUACGUUCAGGGAGAGAGAAAUGACUGUCGACCCGCGCUUAUAUACCCCGAGAAUUACUGGGCGAUUCCAUUAUACGGGUCAAGUCUAUUUAGACUGAACAGGGAGAUCAACUUUCUGGAUGCUAAUUGUGUAAUUAAAUCAACAUUCCCUAUGUAUAAACGUCGAUUGGCAUGUGAAUUACUGUUACAAUCAAUCUAGACAUAUUUUGAAAAGAAUUUUAUAUAAUUAAAUAGCAUUUCUAGUAUUUUAUUUGUCCUAGAUCCAUUUAUAAACAAACGAGCAGUCAGUUACUACUUCGCAUGAUUUAUCACCUAAAACAGAAUAACAACUGUAACGAAUGGUAUGAUGAUAAUAAAAUAUGAAUAAUUA